UUUGUUUUGGUGUGGCCUGUUGCGCUUUUGACCGUCAUGGCGCAGAGCAAAGCUUUGAUGAAGCGGCCUUCUUCAAAGGCCAUGGGAUCCAAGACGGUGAUGAAAACCAUGAAGGGCAAGGCUUCAGGGACUUUGGCCAAGAUGACGAAACAUGACAUGAAGAAGCCUGCUUUUUCCUCGUCCUAUGGCAAUGUGAAGGUGCCCACUGCCAAUGACCCAGCGCUCAAUGAAAUUCGCACAGUGGACAACCAGGGCUACGACUACAAGCAAGUGGAGGCUUCUUUGGCUUACGAGUAUAAUGAUUCCAAAGCCUACACAGAGUCCUUCAAGACCAUGGGCCCCAAAGGGAAGUACAAGAAGUGCCGCAUGGAGCCGUGGAAAGUUUACCUGGCUGACCAGCUUAAGGCCCAUGGCUGGAAGAAAACCAAGCAUGGAUGGAGAUGGUCCUGGCAGUGGAUGUCAGCUGAUUUUAAGAGGGACCCAGAGUUGGCUAAGCAUGCCGACGUCCUUUCUUGCUAGCGAGUUUCUUGAGAAACAAGGCCGUUUUUUUGAACCGCUAGUCUCUGAAAUGUGAGACCCGAGGCGACACUGUGGAG